AAAACUCGCAGAAGCACGCAUAAUUCAAGCUACCCACCAUGCACGCCGCCACUGCCCUAAUCUCGCUCCUUGUCUUUGCAACGAGUAUUUCUGCAGCUCCUGUAUCUACACAAGCGGUAGCUCGAGCUGUGCCUGAUAUAAGUGAAGUGGCCCGAAAUCCAGCACCGAUCGACAACAGAGUUCAUUGGGAAGACGGAAAACCUUCGCUUGGUGACAUUGGGAAUAUCUCAUGGGAGGACCUUAGAAAACUGAAAGAGCUUAUGCAUCAUUUAUCGGGAGGAAAUGAAGCCAUAGCAUCAGGUGGGGCCGUCAGUCUACAGACACAUAGUGGUCUUGGGAGGGACAUAUCGCUACUCACCCAGGGUCAGCUAGCGGCAUAUCGAAAGGCCGGAUAUGCAAACAAUCUUCUCUACAUCGCGACUUUGGGGUUUGCGAAGUUGUCUAUCAUCUCGCUACUCAUGAUUCUCACGGCCUCAAAAACACACCGCAACCUCGGUCUAUCGCUGGCUGGCUUCAUUGCACUGUGGACGGUAUUCUCAAUGUGUCUGGCAGCUUUCCAGUGUGGAACCACUGAGCCAUGGCGCUUCUUAGGGAACGAAGAAAUAUGCUUCAAUAUUGUAUCUUUUUGGCGUUCCGUGGGUGCAAUCAAUAUCCUUACUGACCUGGCACUCAUUGCGUUUCCGGUGCAUGUCGUCAUGACACUGCAAAUGAGCCUGAGUAAGAAGAUAACUAUCCUCACCUUUUUUGGUGCACGGUCACUAGACAUCGUUGCGACUGCUGUCCAGAUGGUCUACCUUGACGGCUUCACCUCGCCCAAUCCCACCAAGGCACUAUGGAAAUGGACUCUCCUCGCUCAGGUUAUUGAGUGCAUCACUAUCAUUACAUCAUGCGUACCCUACAUAAAACCCCUCCUUGAGUCGGUCCCAUCAGGUUUAUAUGCGAGUGACGAUCUACGCCGUCGAGGUACAUCAUCUGAGCAUGGCGUCUCUCGCAGUAAAAAUAGCUCCUAUCAGCUAUCUAGCAUCGCCUCUAGAGUCGGUACCGGGAUCACAAGAUCAAGUGGAAAGAGCCUCCAUACUGAAAACACUGGAAUAAAACGCUUCUUGCCGAUGCUCUCGCAAGAAAAGACUACGCAUACAAACUCUGCUUCAGGGAUACCCGGGGGUCCAAGGCGCUUAGACGGCGCGGCCGAUGUUGAAAUUACAGCCGUAAAUCACAAGCAUAGAGAUGAUAGGAGGUGGGAGACUGCAGGUACGGGAAGUCACUCUAAAAUCUUGAAAACGACAGUUGUUAGUGCUGAGUGGGAAGAGGCAGAAGUCAAAGCGCACGAUGGGUCGAGCGACGAGAUUGAAGUUAUGCACGGAGGCUAG